GAGAGACAGAAACACUCACUGGCCUCUGCGGAGCGCCUGAUGCCGCGGGGAUUCCGCCUCUGUCCCCGCUCUCAACAUGGAUUUCAACGUGAGGAAACUCGCUGCAGAUGCUGGAAUAUUCUUUUCACGGGCUGUUCAGUUUACAGAGGAGAGACUGGGACAGGCUGAGAAGACCGAGCUGGACGCUCACUUUGAGAAUCUGCUGUCCAGAGCUGACUGCACCAAAAACUGGACCGAGAAAAUCUACAGACAGACCGAAGUCAUGCUUCAGCCGAACCCUGGUGCUCGCAUCGAAGAGUUCCUGUAUGAAAAGCUUGACCGGAAGGUUCCACCGCGGCCCACUAAUGGAGAGAUCUUAGGACAGUUCAUGCUGGAGGCAGCGAAGGAGUUUGGACCGGGAACCCCGUACGGAAGCACCCUGAUCAAAGUGGGCGAUUGUCAGAGGAGACUGGGCGGCGCUGAGAGAGAGUUUCUGCAGACCUCAUCCAUUAGCUUCCUCACACCCCUACGCAACUUUCUGGAGGGCGACUGGAGGACCAUUUCUAAAGAGCGGAGACUUCUGGAGAAUCGGCGCUUGGAUCUCGACGCCUGUAAAGCGCGACUCAAGAAGGCCAAAACCGCAGAAGCCAAAGCAGCUUGUGAGGGAGAAGCUGUUCCAGACUUUCAAGAGACCAGACCGCGUAAUUAUGUGCUGUCUGCCAGUGCAUCUGCGCUCUGGAACGAGGAGCUUGAUAAAGCAGAGCAUGAGAUGCGUGUUGCUCAGACAGAGUUUGACAGACAGGCAGAGGUCACCAGACUCCUCCUGGAGGGCAUCAGCAGCACACACGUGAAUCAUCUGCGGUGCCUGUGUGAGUUUGUGGAAGUGCAGGCGAUGUAUUACAGCCAGUGUCACAACUACAUGCAGGAGCUGCAGAGAGAGCUGGGCAGUUCCAGUGGAGACAUAUCCCCUCACUCAUUGGAGGUGAACUCCCACCCCGCCGGCAGCCCAACAGACCCGUCCACCUUCCUGCCCCUGAACUCUCCAUCUCUGCUGGAAACAGACGCUCUGCAGAUUGAAGAAGUUCAGCCACCCGCCAGCGGCACACGCAAGGCCAAAGUGCUGUAUGACUACGACGCUGGAGAUUCCAGUGAGCUCUCGCUGCGGGCCGAUGAGCUCAUCACUGUGUACACAGUGCCUGGAAUGGACUCUGAUUGGCUGAUUGGAGAGCGAGGAAACCAGAAGGGGAAAGUGCCUGUUACAUAUCUGGAGCUGUUGAGCUAAAGAGGCGAGACACACACACACACACACACACACACACACACACACACACACACACACACACACACACACACACACACACACACACACACACACACACAGUUUCCACCUUUAGCACUCAGCCAUGAGCAAAUAGAAUCAUGGACACUUAUGAGAUCAACCCAUGUGUGCAUCUAUUUACUGAAAAGCAAAUAUUGUGUGUUUUCAUGCAUGUCAAGGAGAUACCGAUUGACUUGGCUUCAUUUUUCUGUUUGAUUUUAAUACUAAUCCAUCCUUUUUAUUAAUACUAAAAAUCAAACCCUUAUGAAUUAUUAAAUAGUGGGAUUAGUCAGCAUUAUAAUACUUAUAACUUAUAGUUUUUUUUAAAAUCAUGAAAUCACAGAACUAAUAAUUGAUUCACAAAAUGCCUGAAACAUCCACUCAUUGUGAACACAUGUUUGUAUGUAAGUAUGUGCCUGUUUUCUACACUAAAAACUGCUCUGUGAUCAGUCAGAAUGUCUUUUUUGCCUUCAGUACACAGAUAACAAUCUUAACUCAGCUUGUCCUGGAGCUGAUGACACACAUAAGCUCAGUUUUAAACAUUCAAAGGUCAUCUACGCCGUCUAAGCUCUAUCAUAUUUGCACUGUUUGGCUACUUUGUUUACUUGCAGACCCCCGUAAGCCAAAAUUAAACACGUCCUUAACCGCAUCUCAUGCAGACAGAUAUAAUGUGAUGAGCUCAAAUUUACAUUUGCUCUGCUUUAAGUGCCACUUAAGUUAGUAUUGUUUUGAAUUUCUUUUAAUUAGACAAAAUGUAAACAAAUCAUAUGAAGUAUAUCCAUCUUAAGGCCAAUUUCACAUGAUUUACAGAGUUUUACUGUAACUAUUAUUGUGCUGUUGCCACAUUCCAUUGUUCUUUUAAAGAAAUAGUUCACCCAAAAAUGAAAUUUGUUUAAAAUUUCCUCACCCUCAGGCCAUCCAAGAUUAGGAUGAGUUUGUUUCUUCAUCAGGUUUGUAGAAAUGUAGCAUUGCAUCAGUGUCUCAGCAAUGGAUGCUCUGUAGUGGAUGGGUGCCGUCAGAAUGAGAGUCCAAACAGCUGAUAAAAACAUCACAAUAAUCCACAGCACUCCAGUCCAAACAGUAGGCCUGUCACGAUAACAAUUUAUUGUUGUGCGAUACAUUGCCCCAGAAAUAACUGCGAUAAACAAUAUUGUUGUCCUUAUAAGACCUUUUUAUGCCACUGAAUAUUUAAUCAUGAUAUAAAAGCAUAAUAAUAAAAAUAUUAGAGCAUAAAAAUAUUAGAUACCUUAAAAAACUUGAAUAAAUAGUAAAUAAACAUUUUCUAACAAAAAGUGCAAAGUAACAAGUAGAAAAAAGAAAAAUUUACAAAUAACUUGUAUGGAGAUUAUUAUUUUUCCCGGCCCUUCUUUUCUCUUUAAAUCUUGCAAUCUCAGUGAAAACUGGAGGAAUGCUGCCAGUUAAAUAGAGUUUGUCAUAUAAUUAAAGUAAUUAGAACCAGGUGCUGGAUUAACAUCAAUAACAUGGUGGUAUCACAAUUUUUCAAAUAUCUCUUUUAAGUUUUUUAUACUGUGUUUCAGAAUACAGUUAAUUUAUGAAAUAUGUUUAAAAAACUGCCCGUCUACUCCUGUUAGGAUAACUUCAAAUAGGACUAAGCAGUGACCUUGAAAUUUAGGAAAAUGUAGAUUGUUCUCUAAUUUUGAUCUCCACUCUACAGUUCUCCAAAUAUGAUGAAGAAACAAACUCCUCUACAUCUCUGAAGUUCAGCAAUCUUUCAUUUUUGCGUGAACUAUUCCUUUAAGUCUCGUCUACUGAUGUAAAUGUUUUGCCUUGUUUUUGUCUCAAUAGCAACACUUGAGAUCACAGCUAAAGAGCAAAGCAUGUUUCAUAAACUCUCAAAUUAUUCUGACUGGUGUACUUUAUUAUAAUAAUAAUAAUAAUAAUAAAAAUAAUAAUAAUAGUAAUAAUACAAUUUUAUUUAUUUCUCUAGUACAUCAUUUCUGAAACCCAAGGUUGCUUGAUGAGUGCUGAUUUAAACCAUACUUGAUUGAUUUAUGCACUGCACAACCAGUUUUUUAUGACACCUAUUAAUAUAUUUAUUUUAAAUUAAUUUUAGACCUUUCUUAGUUUAGAGUUUGGCUUCAUAGAUUAAUUUCUGUUUAUUUAUUUUAUUAGUGUCAAAGUGCAGCUAAACAUUAUUAAGAUUUUGUGUUCAGUGUGCAGUAUUUAUUGUUUUAUUUUACUUCUGAUGUUUUUUUUUUCUUUUAUUUUUAUUGUAAAUCAUUAUGGUUUAUGUAUGUAUAAUUGCCAAAAACUGAACUUUUCUUUUCUGUUUUCUUCUGAGAGGAAGCUCUUGUCUGUGAUGCCCUCUGUUGGUCAUUUCUUGCUCUUUUGCUCUUCUUAAUGGCUUCUCUCCAAUCCAUGUGGAGAGAAUCAAUCUUAAUAAUGCAAUAAAACCCUUUUUUAUUGCUAUA